ACACAUUACGGAUAGGAUUGAUGCAGUCCAGCUCAACUCCCUGACACUUCCCCGAGCCUUUCGUCAGAAACUCACAUCAGUCCGCGAAUGCCUGUGGAUCUAUAGGCUAGACUGGAUAGUUAGGCUUUGUUGAAACUCACAAACAAGGAAACGAGAGCCGCAGAGCUUCAGGAUGCAAGCAAUAAACUUGGACACGUUCAGCCUGUCGCUGCUCACCGCCAAAGAGGACAUCCUGAACGGGCGCGCAUCCACAGACUGGGCGUUGUUUUCAUAUGAUGGAUUCACCAACAACCUGAAGCUCUUCGAUUCUGGAACUGGAGGCUUGACAGAAUUGGCCCAGAAGUUUCACAUCACCAAACCCAUGUAUGGACUGUGUAGGGUUGCACUGCCUGAAGUGGGACAGCCACGGAUAGUCCUGGUCUGCUGGGUUGGAGAAGAUGUGGAAGAAUUUCGGAGGACAGAAUGUGCAAGUCAUGUUCCUGCAGUCAAAAACUUUUUUAAGGAAGCCCAUGCGUUCAUCAGUGCCUCUAAUAAAGAUGAGUUGACUGAGGAAAAGAUUGCAGAAAUUCUGGCAAAAGUUCGACCACCCCUGGAGAGAUCUAGACGAAACUCAAGACCAACAGAAAAGGAAGAGACAGUGGGAACAAACUACAGGAAGACGAACGCUGCCAUGGAGAUGAGAUGGAUUAACAGAGAAUCCUUCUGGGCACGUGCAGAGCGUGAGGAAGAGGCAAGGAAGGAGGAGGAUAAGAGGAAGGCUGCAGAGGAGAGGAGACGCCGGGAGAGAGAAAGAGUUCUGCAAGAAAGGAAGGAGGCAGAGGAGAGGGACAGAAAGAUGAACGAAAAACUGCAGAUGAUCGAGGAGCAAAGGAAGCUGGAAGUCAAACGUCUAGAAGAAGCAAGAAAACAUGAGAAAUCUCGAUGGGAGGAGCAGCAGAAAGAGCAUGAAGAGGAGAUGCGGGCUCGCCUCCGACGCAGCGAGUCCAUAGAGAAAGCAGCCGAGGCAGCAGCCCUCGUUUCCCAGCGUUCCAUGAACCCACGGGAGUUUUUCAGGCAACUGUCGCAAAGCUCCACCAGCCCUGUAUCCCCACGCACAGGCAAGCCUCCAUUCCGUCGUUACCAGCGCAGUUUGACAGACACUGCCUUCAUCUUUGAGAAAGCCAGCGCCAGUAGUGGUCCCACUUCUCCAAUCAGUCCCUCUGUCACCUCCCCUUUCUCUCGCACGCCGACUAGUCCCUUCAAUCGCUGCAUGUCCCCGACCAGCCCCGGCUUCCGUCCAAUAAAAUCUCCUCAAAGCCCUCAUGCCCCUGUGAAGACUCCUCCCACAUCUCCUGUUGAGGGCUUUGCCCCAUCCAUAUCCUCUCUGCCCAGCCUGCCAGAGUUCAAAGCUUCUCCACCUCAGUCCUCCCUUCCUGACCUUCCUGCUGCCCAGGUCUCUGCGGUCACUGAAUCUUCAAGUGUGAUCCAGACUAAAUCAUCCACUGUAGAUGUUAUUGAGCAGAAACUUGUGAUUAUCCCAGAUGCUCCAUCUGCACCCCUGCCUGACAGCCCGGUUACAUUAAAGGAAUCCACCUCAGAGCUCCUUAUUGACACCUGCGUGCCGAAUGAGAUAGAGGAACAGUUUGACAUCAUAAUUGGCCCAGAGGAAGAAAAGCCAAAAUUGCCAUCUGAACCAUGCACCACCUGUCUUCCAACCACAGAUACAUCCUUCAGCUCUCAGGAUCUAGCUGAAGCGGAGCAGGCUUUCAUGCCUCGGUCAGAACCUGUUGCUGUUUCCCCUCUAAUUGAGGUGGAGGAACCUAUAGAGGAGGAAGAGCCAGAGCAGGAGGAAGCUGAAGAAACAGCAGAAUUUGAUUCAAGUGGAGAACAACCAGAGUCUGAAACAUUAGCCAGUGAUGAACCAACCCUGGUGGAAGAGAUUGGGGCUGAUAUCGGAGAAGAAACAGAAGUGUGUGUGGAGGAGACCAAGAACCUUCUGAUUGAAGACGAAAGGCCAGACCAAAAUGGUGUAUUUCCUCAGAAUGGUACAGGCAAGGAAUAUGACGAUUCGUCUGACCAUAGCACACCAGAGAAGUGUACUUACAUAGUCAAUCGUGAGGAUACUGAGGAAGAAGAUGCCCAAAGUGAAGAAGCAGAGAACGGAGAGCCCUCAGCGGACAGGCCGCUUCUAUGUGUGCGAGCGCUCUAUGACUACCAAGCAGAGGACGACACAGAGAUUUCCUUCGAGCCUGGGGACAUCAUCAAGGACGUGGAAACAGUGGACAAAGCCUGGUGGAGGGGUUGCAGCAAAGAUGGCCGCCAAGGUCUCUUCCCUUCCAACUAUGUAGAGACCAUCUAAGGACUUUCUAAGGUUUUCCUUCAGAGACAGUUCUUUGCCUCCUAGAUUCAGUACCAGCGCUCAGGGACCAAAAGCUUUGGGGUAUCCACCAGAGGGAGCUAAAAACACGCUCCAAGUCUUCUGGCUGUACCACAGUGAAGGUACUAAAAGACCAACGGGACAAAGAGACAACAAAAUGAUCUGAGAUCAAUGCUUGGGCAGCAGUCUUGUGUAUGGCGAAGCAAGACAGGUUUCUUGAAGUUAUUCUGAACCCUCCUCUACAGAUUAUUGUUUUUGUUUAUUUUUAUUACCUAUCAUCUGGCUCAGCAGUAUGUUUGAUUCUUGGUUGUUUCUAACACGGGAGUCCGUCGUUAUGAUAUUGACCGAAUUAUGGCUUUGUAAUGCUAAUGUUAGAUAUAGAAACUAUAAGCCUUCAUUACAGCUGCAUUUAGAGCAUGUAUCAGUUUAGUGUUUGUUAUCGGGAUGAUCCCUGUAUUACUUAUAAAGUUCCUACAGUGCUGCUGCGCAGAUUUUUGAUCCAUUUUUGAUCCGUAUUUACAUUAGGCUUUUGCAAUAUUGAUUUUUCCCUGCUUGUGAUUUACCAUUUAAAAAUAAAUCAGCAAAAAAAUUCAAUAGUCCAGAAAGGAAUACGACAAGAAAAGAAGAAAUUUCCUCGUUUCAGUUUUAAGGGCGGGGCAUAAUGAUAUCAGCUGUGCAGUCGGGAACUGCUUGCUGGCAGAGCCAAUCACAAAAACAGCUUGAUGAUGGAUUUUUGGGUGCGUAAUUGUUUAAUGAUAGUUAGGUCAAACAUACAGUGAUAGUUCAUUAUUGCAGGGGUCCCCAACCUUUGUUUGUACCAUGGACCGGUUUGAUACCAGACAAUUUUUCCUGGUUUUGAUUGGUGGGGGGAGCUCUCUAGUGACAUAUUUUUCAGGGGGUCAUUUUAGUGUAAUGGAAAAUUGGAAAUGGAAUGGAAAAAAGUGGCAAGUUUUAAAAAAUAAAAUACAUAUAAUUUUAAGUGAUAUAAAAUCAUCGGUUUAUUGUUUCUUUGCGGCCUGGUACCAAAUGAUCCAUGGCCCGGUGGUUGGGGACCCCUGCAUUAUUGUACUCAAGAUAUUCUUCAUUUACCUUGACAGAAAGUGAGGGCACAUGAGAUGGAGAAGGGGGUGGAGCUUCUAACAGUGUCAGUUAAUAUCAGAGAGUUCAUAUUACAUUUGCAAAUCAUUUAAGAUUUAUCUCAAUUUUAUCUUCCAGUUUAUUUUGGUGAAAAUAAGGCGAUUUUGGUGUACGAGUCUGAGUCAGAAGUUGUACCUGACGUUAAAGUUUGGAGCGCCUUCGCAAAAUGUUGCAGGUCUGACGAUGUAUAACAACAGAACUGGAACGAAUAUAACCUGAUAUAAAUUUUGCACAAGCCUAAUGUACACCCGAACUGUGCUUCACUCCAUAUCAUCUGAGGUGAGGAGAUCUUUUUACUAACCAACAUUUGAGGUCAAAUAAGGCAGUGUGGUUUAAUACAGAGUGACACAGUUUACUAGACACAAAUGAAAUACAGGUUUGUUGAUGUACUACCACACAUGCAACAAAACUAAGUCAAUUAUUGAUCACCGAUAUGAUAAAUCUAUCCACUAACUUCUCAAGUAUGACCCAUUUUCAGAUCUGUUUUUUUUUUUUGUAUCAGAUACUGUUCUGUAAGAUUUCACUCUACUAUUUUAUACUUCUUGACCACCUGAUAGCUUCUUGUGUCUCAGUUUUUUUCAUCAAUUAAUUAAAGAGCUAUACCUUGUA